AUGGUUCUGGAACUGCAUAUCUGGGGUCCUGCUUUCUCGCUCCCCUCCAUUGACCCGCAAUGUUCAGCGGCUGUUGCCUACUUUUCGCUCGCCGUUCCCAGGGACGACUGGGUGCUGGUUCCAAGUAGUGAUUCUUCCGUGUCGCCGACUAAUGAAUUGCCUGCGUUAAGAAAUGGAUCGACCUGGGUGAGUCGGUUCAGGAAUAUUGUCGAUUAUCUUCGUCAGUAUUCGGAUGGGUCGUGGGAUUUGGAUCGGGGGUUGGGUGAGGUUCAGAGGGCGGAUAACAUAGCAUUCUCCUCCUUCCUCGAAUCGCGCGGUCAGCCCCUUCUCGACCUCUCCCUUUACGUCACAAGCCAAAACUACUACAACCAUACCUCCCCUGCCUACGCUUCUAUCCUCCAAUGGCCGAAUCAAUGGAUCCUCCCUCCGAAACUACACUCCGCUGCGAAGACCCGCACAGAACACCUGGGCGUCUCCUCGCUCGACCUCGAAGCUCUCGAGGAGCAGCGAAAGCGAGAACACUCCGCCGCCGUCGCGGCCGGACAAGUUCCACAGAACUUCAUCCAGCGGCCGCGUGAUACCGUCUCGGGUCUGCUGGGCAAGACAUCGCAGCAGAAUCAGUUCAAGCUGGAAGGCUUGACAGCGGAGCUGUUCGAACCUUUGGAGGAGAUACUGGGUGACAAGGAAUAUCUCCUAUCCGACUCUGCGCCAUGUAGCUUGGACUGCUUGGCGCUGGGAUACUUGGCUCUCGCGGUUGUACCGGAGAUGUCGUAUACAUGGCUGCGCGAUGCGAUGCAGAGCAAGGGACCUGGCGUGACUUCAUACACGGGACGCAUGCUGAAACGCUGCGUUGGUAGCAAGGUGGAUGUUGCUCAAGCGCUGAAAGGUGUUCAAUCUCCCUCGUCCCCUCUGCCAUGGCAAGCCCCUGAACGGGCCAACGUGGUUAAGGUCGGGGGUACACUACUCAACACCCUAAUUGAUGCAACCCCUAUUGUGCGCGACAUACGUAACAACAACCGUCUGCGGGAGGCAGCCGAGUCCUCUGACCUCUCUGGAAUUGAGAAACAAGCAUUGUCUCAGUAUGUCGCCGGUCAGAAGAAAGAUGUCUUUCUGUCUAUGGCGAUGGUUGCAGGUGGUGUUGCCGCGUUGAUUGGAUACGUGUUUCAUGUAGGGUUGUUCGGUGUCGUUAUGGAGGAGGAAGCGGAAGCACAAGAAGAGGAAACAGGGGAAGUGGAUUUAAGUAACCUCGAUCUCAGCGCGAGUGACUUCUUGGCCGUUUAG